AUUUCGUGGUCCGCUCCUCGACACCGAUUAACAAUAAAACAUGGGAAAAUUGGAAUGGUGCAAUUAAUAUUUCACCAGAUGCCAUUUUUGAACCAUCUACACUUGAAGAACUUAUUAAUAUUGUAAAACUAGCAAAGGAAAAUAAUAAAACUAUUCGAUGUGCUGCCCAGGGGCAUAGUGUAAGUUCUUUGUCUGUCACAGAGCACUAUCUGGUGGUAGUUACAAAUUUAACUCAAGUCACAGUGCAAGAACACCCAAAAUAUGGCUGGACUGUUACUGCUGAAGCUGGUAUAUCGUUAGCGGAUCUUGAUGAAGCACUACGAAAUCAUAAUCCACCAUUAACCCUUGAAUCAGCUGUUGUCUAUAACACAGUUCGAGUAUCUGGUGUUAUAGCAACGGGAUCACAUGGUGCAACAACCAGUUCUGGUAAUAUGCCUGAUCAAAUUUGCUCGAUGAAAAUCGUCACUGGGUCUGGUGAAGUAAGUGAAUUUAGUGAAGAAAUAAACAAGUCAGAAUUUAAUGCAGCGAAAGUCAACUUAGGUUUACUUGGUAUAAUAUAUUCUGUGACUUUCCGUGUAAAACCUAUGUACAAUCUUCGUAUGAACGACGUUUAUAUUUCAGUGAACGAAUGGCUUAAACCACAUAUAAUUAAAAAUAUUGUAGAAUCAUCUGAUGGUAUUGAAAUAUUUUAUAUACCAUUCAAUGGAUUCAAUCUAAGUGAACCGAAACCUCUUGACCCUAAUAGAGAUCUAGUUUGGGUUAAGAAUUGGGUACGAACUGAUGAACCUGCGAGUUUCACACAACAGCAGAUUCAAAAAACACGUGAACUUCAAUCACAAGGUCUUAUUCAACAGUUUCAGUUCAUAAGUAGUAUUUUACAAACAUCUAAAAAAAUUCCGGAUGCCAUCGCUAUGACAUGGAGUGCUUUAAUUAAUGGUGGUAAUACUAGUUUUGUAUAUCAGGCUCCUGAUGCUAUCCAUUACGCAGCUAGCGAAGAAAGUCUCAAUCUUGAUCUAGUAGAAUAUGGAUUUAAAAUUGAUCCGGAUUUUUCCAACGUUGCUACCGAAUUUUCUUACUUAGUUCAAUCAAUUUAUGAAUUUGCAGUACAAGGAAAAUUUCCAGUAAAUUAUGUUGCAGAGUUCAGAAUCAUAAAAUCAAGUGAAGCGUUAUUAUCUAAUAAUUUUGACCAUGAUCCAGAAGCGUUGUAUUGUCAAUUAGAUGUUGUAACAGUUCGUGAUACUCCUGACUGGAAAGAAUGGGUGCAAUUAAUUGGGCAGAGACUUUUCGAUAAGUACAGAGCAAGACCUCAUUGGGCAAAAAAUUGGAACCUUCAUCCAAAUGUGAAUCUUUAUCUUUCUGAUAUCUUAUCAGAUCAAAUUAAACAAUUUGAAAAAGUGCGUGCAAAGUAUGACCCUGAUAAGAUUUUCUUUGAUAAUCAGUCAUUGCAGGAUAUAUUUAGUCGUGUUUUAGGACCACAAAAAG